UUCUUACGGGAGCAUUAGCCGAGAGGCUAGGCGUGGUUGUUCUAGGUGGAUCAGAUUUGGGUUUCCCACAAUAGACAGCAGUCAGUACUUAGCAAAGGUGGAGGGGUUCAAAGAUGUUGCUCCAGUUCCUCUCUGUCCUCUGGGAGACCUUGUCUCUGUGGGUGUUCCUAGUGUUCCUGGCUAUACUUCUGCUCAUUGCUGAUUACAAGAAAUGGAUUCGUCCAAGGGAUUUUCCACCAGGGCCCUUGCCUCUUCCUUUCCUGGGUAAUAUUCUUGAUGUGGAUCCCAAAAAGCCUCAUUUUGCUAUAAGAAAGCUUGCACAAAAAUACGGCAAUGUUUUCAGCAUUCAGUUUGGAAACAAGUGGCAUGUGAUUGUAAAUGGAUUGUCUCUGGUAAAGGAAGGUCUUAUCCAACAGGGUGAAAACUUCGUAGAUCGUCCCAAAUUUCCUCUUACCUAUGAAAUUUUUGGGCCGUUUGGACUGGUCUCCUCUAAUGGUCUUAUCUGGAAACAACAAAGACGAUUUGCCUUAUCAACUCUCAGAAACUUUGGUUUGGGCAAAAGAUCUUUGGAAGAACGGAUACAGGAGGAGAGCAGAUAUCUAACUGAUGCAAUUGAAGCUGAGAAAGGCCAGCCGUUCAACCCUCACUUUCAGAUCAAUAAUGCUGUUUCAAAUAUCAUUUGCUCCAUCACUUUUGGGGACCGCUUUGAUUACCACGACAAUCAUUUCCAGAAGUUAUUGCAGUUGCUUGAUGAGACAUUACACCUUAUGGGAAGUGUUUGGGGCCAGGUGUACAAUUCCUUUCCAACUCUCAUGAAGCACUUGCCAGGGCCUCAUCAAACUCUUUUGAAAAACUGGAGACAGUUGCAAUCCUUUGUGAGAGAAAUCAUUGGAAAACACAAAAAAGACUGGAACCCAUCUGAACCAAAAGACUUCAUUGAUGCUUACCUAAAUGAAAUGGCCAAGGAGUCUGUGGCUUCCAGUUUCCAUGAAGAAAACCUCCUGUAUUCAACACUGGAUCUGUUUUUUGCUGGAACAGAAACCACUUCUACAACCCUGCGCUGGGCUUUGCUGUACAUGGCCAUUUAUCCAGAAGUUCAAGCGAGAGUCCAAGCUGAAAUAGACUCUGUGAUUGGUCAGUCUCGUCUGCCAGCGAUGGAAGACAGGGACAGAAUGCCCUAUACCAAUGCAGUUGUUCAUGAAAUUCAAAGAAUAAGCAACAUUUUCCCUGUGAAUGCUCCCCGGAUGGCAACUACUGGUACAACACUGGCUGGGUUUCAUUUGCCCAAAGGAACCGUUUUGGUCUUCAACUUGACAUCAGUGCUGUUUGACAAGGAUGAGUGGGAAACACCCGAUGUGUUUAAUCCUGGCCAUUUCCUGGAGAAUGGUCAGUUCAGGAAAAGGGAAGCAUUCCUGCCAUUCUCUGCAGGAAAACGAGUUUGUCUUGGAGAGCAGUUGGCUAGGGUGGAGCUUUUUCUUUUCUUCACUGCCCUACUUCAGAAGUUCACUUUCCAGGCUCCAAAGGAUGUGACGUUAAACCUUGACUUUAGGAUGGGUCUUACAGUGAGCCCCCAGCCAUACCGAAUAUGUGCAUUCUGUCGCUAAGGGAACCCAUUUUAUGGCAUUGCUAUUAAAAAAAAAGAUAAGCAGCUAGCAUCGCCUCUCAGUUUCUGUUCUUCUUGUUGCUUGGUUCCACAGUUAACAAUGUCCUGUUGUUAUGUCUUGCCCCCUUAAUGCCAGUAGUUGUUCAAAGUGACCUUGGUUAGUACAUGGGAUGGAAACGGACCUACAGUGUAAUCCCAACCAGGUUUACCCAGAAGUAAGUCCUAAUGAAUUCAAUAGGACUUGUCUCAGGUAACUAGAGUUAGGAUUGCAGCCUUAGUUCAGUAAGACUUUUAUACCUCUUGUUCCCAGUCUUUUACUUUCACCCCCCUCUCUUUCCUUACCCAUACAGGCUUGAAAAGGUCACGUCUAGCCUGUCUAAGACAUAUAUUAAUGACUUGUAAUGUAUUUAAAGUACAAAGCAGAAAUAAUGUCCCCUAUUUUACUGAGAGGAUAGUUAUAGGACAGUUCUACAGACGGUCAAAUUGUUAGCAAGACUCCUCUGUAGACGUGUGUUUCACAUUCACGUCUUGUGAAUUAGGAUCUUAGACAUCUUGUCAAUUAGGAUCUUUAGACAUUGGCAAUAGUGCGUCUUGGCAGAUUUACCCAGUAACUUACACUCAUACAGAUCUUAAACAUGGGGAUAUUUUUUGAGCAUACACACACAGAAUCAAUAUACACAUUUAACACUCCAAUGGGGAAUAGCUCAGUAACAGUGUAGAUCUACUGACAUCACUGGGGAUAGCUCAGUAAAAACAUGUGUGAGGGAAUAAGCUGAAUAAAUCUAAUUAUAACUAAACUCUCUCUCACACACACACAUAUGAAGGAGCAAGCACAAAAGGCAUAAGAGGAGAUGGGAAGGGUUCAGCACAGCUGAGGAAGGCACACUAGCUUGCCCUUUUCUCUCCCUCUCUCUAGGCUGACUUUGCAGACCGGGCGUCAGUCAAUCACAGCUGGGCAGAGAGGACCAGAAUAUGGCUUCUGAAACACAGUCAUACCCACAAGCAAAGAUAGGCAAAGGGAGCACAUGCGGAGGCUACAAUUUGUAGGGAACGGACCUCCAGAAGACAGGCUAGAAGGCGACAUACCUUUCCCAACCCUGCUGGGCAAUCUGGAAGUAGAACUGGAGCACAAUGAACCUCCUGGGUCAGGCAGCAAAACAGCAAAUGCAGCAGGCAGGCUCUGAAAUGGCUUCUUGGAUCUCUGCUUUGGCUAGCGAAGGUCAGAGGAAAGCAGGAAAAGUAGUGGAGCCCUGAAAAGGGCUUUUGAAGCAGUUUUGGCAAGCAGGGACUUCUGUUUCAGCAGGUGGAUGUCCACAGAUAGUGAAAGAAAGGCAGGGGAGUCAGAUCCCCGGGUUCUGGAUGGUUACCAAACACUGCCUCCACAGGUGCAUCACUUUCAGCUAGCUUACAGCCCUCCACACAUUUGAGGGUUGAAGGGAGAUUUUUUUACUACUUGUGGAUGCUCCCUACAUGGUUUAGAAUUCAGAUUGUGCAGGAUUGUAGAAAAGAUCUAAUAUAUCCUAUUGUGCAGUCUUUCCCAGGCUGCCCUUCUGAGUUUCUUCUGACUGUUUUACGUGAGGGUUCUGAUAAGGCAACCACUGUGCAAGUGGCCAAAGUUUUGAACUUGGCCAUUUUGACCAGACCCUGUAAGAUUGUGAAUGGCAAUUAAUUCCACUGAACUGCUUUGCUGUCUGCCAUAGCUUCUGAUACCAAGUAGUCUUAUUUUUAAUACUGUGGUUGGUUGACUGAAAAUAAAGAUUGACUUGACAUGCAGGAUUCUAAAUUGCAUGGGGAGUACACAAGCAGAGGAGGGCCCAUGCUUCAUACCUUUGUCUCCAAACUGGGGGAAGGCUGUAAACUGGGUGAAAGUAAUGUGGCUGAGGGGUGGAGCUUGGCAAUUUAUGCCUCUCUCCCUUGUGUGUUUGCUUGUAGAUCCGUAAAAUGCAUGCCUGAAUAAGGCUAAGUUUCAAAGAUGUGGUUACAGACUCUAGGGAAGACCUGCACCAUGUGGCUGGAUACGGCUCUCCAGGUAUCUCUAUGCAGUCCUUGGUUUUUGCCUACACUGCUCACUGGCCCUGCUCUCUAGACUUGAAGUGCUUUUCCCUAACUGUAAUGUGUCUUUCGACUAUGAUAAUUCCUCUUUCUUGCCUGAAGAAUGAAGGAAAUGUUUGUGUGCAGAAACCCGACAAUUUGGCAUAGCUGGAAUGCAGUCUACAGUGCAAAGGUAACAGUGGCAGUUACACCUAUUCCUCCAUUCAUUUGCAAGCUUCCACAUGCCUCCUAUAGCACUGACUGGGAAGUGGCAAGUUCUGCCCUGCCCAACAGAACUGCAUCUUUAGUAACAGUAGCUUUCUCAUUGCAGUGAGUUGCUCCCCAAUGGUUUUAGUGCAACGUAUUCAAGGCAGUGCCAAGCUAGUCAGGUUCAAGAGCAAAAGUUUUACUGCAAUCAGAUUCUGAGUCAUGGUGACUUAAUGAAGAGGAUCAGUAGCUACAAGUUGCUGGCUAUUUACAAGCUUCCCUUUCACCAGUUGAACUAUAUUUAACCUUUUUAGAUUGUUGUUUAACCAGCCAUCCACAUUUCAGAUUGGGGAGGAAGGGUUCAUUGGCUACGUCAAACUUGUAGAGGCCUAGGUCACAUAGCAUUGAUGAAGGUGCAUGUACACACUCAAGCCAUAGGUCCAAUAACCUCAUGCAUGCAUCAUCCAGUGGCAGAGUUCCCAUAAAUCCAUCUUGUUUGAUUCAGGAACAAGAAAACAUCCCUUCUUUAUUAUCUGCUUAGUUAAUCUGUAAAAGCUUCUGAAGAAACUGAAUCCAUGAAUCAAACACAAAGGAAGCAGGUUUUACAGUUAAUGAUACAUUGCUGGUCUAUGAGGCUCUAACUAGUAUUUAUUUUCCUUAGUUCUCACUAAUUAGUCUGUUGUGUACUUUUGGGGGUGUGGUAAACAUGAGGCUGUAACUCUUAGGUGUACACACUGGGUUUGACAAGGCUACAGCUCAAACCACUAGUUCAAUAUAUAAAAUAAUGAGACCCCACAAAAUUGAUGUCAAAAGUUUUUUAUGUGAAUAUAAAAGAAUAUUUCUUGAAGAAAGAGUAAAACCAUUUUUACAAAUUAGUGCAAUUUCCCCUCUCUUUCUAGACAGCAUUUGCUUUGCACAGGUACAUUUACACAUUAAAUAGAUUAGACCCUGACAAGUCUAACUGAAAAACCAAAGUCAGACCUACGUAUCCUCAGUAAAGCAAAACAUUACUAUUGCUUACAAGUAUGUGAUUCCAAGCAAAUGGUUACUGAAGAAAACAGAAUACUUUUACUUUAUAUUAGUGUUAAAAUGAAACAUUUCAUUAAUUCUACAAAAUG